GUUCAUGGUAGCGUUUGCUGUGUCAUAUUGGCUUCGCAGCUGGGCUAAAAUUAAGGAAAGAUCUACAAGUAAACGUCUGAUUGCAUCAUGCAUGCUUAGAAUGCCAUGUGAAGUAAAGCCUCGGUUUUUGUUACUUUAUGGCUCUCAAAAGGGUCAGGCUCAGGCCAUUGCAGAGGGGAUAUUUGAGGAGGCUGACAAACAUGGACUAGUGGCAGAGCUCAGCUGUUUGAAUGAAAAUGAAAAGUAUAAUUUAGAGAAAGAAAGUGCUCCUGUGGUUUUCAUUGUGUCCACUACUGGAGAUGGAGAACCGCCAGACAAUGCCCUGAAGUUUGUAAAGAGCAUUAAGAAGAAGACACUUCCCCCUGACCAAUACCAACAUCUGACUUAUGCACUUUUAGCGUUAGGAGACACAAAUUAUGCAAAUUUCUGUAAUUGUGGGAAGACAAUCGAGCGCCGUUUGCUAGAACUUGGAGCCAAACAGUUUUAUGCAACAGGAUAUGCCGAUGAUGGUGUUGGGUUGGAGCUGGUCGUAGACCCGUGGCUUGAAGGACUGUGGGCAGCAAUUAAACAAGCAUCCAACAAAAUGGCUUCAGACAAAAAUGAUCAGUUAAAAGUAAACGUUACACAAACUCCCACCUUACAAGAUGUGCAAUUCAACCAGCUAAGCCUCAGUGAUCACCAGCCCAAUCCAGAAAAUACCUCAAAUAUAUCAACUGGUAAACAUGCAGCAAUGGUUACACAAACUGCCAUUACUAAGUCCAAACCAGCAUCAUCAGAGACCAGAACUGACAUCACCAGUGCACCUUCACUAACCAACUCUCUACCUCCUCUGUCUGAGUUGGCUCUCAAUGUUCCUGCUUUACCUCCUCCGUUCUUGGAUGUUGCUCUUCAGGAAGUAGAUGCACAAGACAAGACUUGUGGACCUCCAAAUAAAGAUGCCCUCUAUGAGGUACCCAUCUCAAAAGCUGUUAAAGUGACUAGUGGGGAUGCUGUAAAGACGGCACUAUUUCUCGAGCUGGAUGUCUCUCAAUAUCCAGUGAACUAUCAUCCCGGAGAUGCGUUUGAUGUGUUUUGCCCAAACAGAGCAGGUGAAGUGGAGGAGAUGCUGCGCAGGUUAGAUCUUUGGGACAAAAGAAACCACCAUGCUUCUAUUUCACUACUAAAGGACACAAAGAAAAAAGGUGCCCAGGUCCCAUCUCACAUCCCUGACAACGUUUCACUGCUUUACCUGCUAACGUGGUGUCUAGAAAUAAGAAACGUUCCCAAAAAGGCGUUUGUUCGAGCAUUAGUGGAAUAUACUGACGACAGCACACAGAAGAGGAGACUUCAGGAGCUGUGCAGUAGACAGGGCGCUGCUGACUAUAACAUGUUUGUCCGAGACCAAAGCCUCAGUGUUCUGGAGCUGCUCUCUGCCUUUCCGUCCUGUCGGCCUCCGCUCAGCCUCCUCAUAGAGCACCUGCCUAAACUGCAGCCCCGGCCGUACUCAGCAGCAAGCUCCUGUCUGAGGCACCAAGGAAAGGUGCAUUUCGUCUUCAACGUGGUGGAAUUCCCGGCAUGCUCGUGGCGGCCCGAUGGGAGGCGCGGCUUGUGUACUGGUUGGCUGUUUGACCUCAUCAGCCCGGCCCUGCAGUCCUCCGGCGGCCAGCUUCUGCCAAAGGUUCAUGUGAGUUUGCGGCCGAACUGCUCCUUCCGCGCGCCCUCUGACCCCUCUGCGCCUCUGGUGAUGGUCGGACCAGGCACAGGAGUCGCACCCUUCAUCGGUUUUCUGCAGCAGAGGGAGAAGCAGAGGCAGGAGAACCCGGGGGUGGCAUUUGGCGAGACGUGGCUCUACUUUGGAUGCCGGCAUAAAGAUAAAGAUUUCCUUUUCAGAGAGGAGCUGGAGGGUUUCGUGUCCAGCGGCACAUUGAACCACCUCAAAGUUUGUUUCUCAAGAGACAACGAGGAAGUGGAAGAGGAGGUCACCGAGUCAUCCACACGACCCAAAUACGUCCAACACAAACUGCUCUUCGACAGCAAGGCCAUAACCAGCAUCCUGCUGCAGAGAGGCGGCUACAUCUAUGUGUGCGGGGACGCAAAGAACAUGGCCAAGGACGUGAACGACACACUGAUGGAGAUGAUCAAAACUGAACUCCAGGUGGACCAACUGGAGGCCAUGAAGACACUGGCGAUGCUGAGGGAAGAAAAGCGCUACUUACAAGACAUCUGGGGCUGACUCUGCUGCCUGCUCUCAGAAAAAUCACUGCGCUCAGCUAUAACCUUUAGAUUCUUUAGAAAAAUAGUGGAAAAAGUCUGACUGCUAAAGCCAAAGCCCAGAGGUAGUUUACACAGCACAACAGCUCAAAGAUGGACCGGAGCUUGACCCGGGGAUAAGGGUCCGUUACGUCACCUUGGGUAUUGCUGCGCCCAACACAAAUGACCUUGGCAGGCCAAUAGGGCUGCAGCUGAUUGUUCUAGCAGCGUGAGAAAGCUUUUAGCGUCGACAAGCGCGCGCUCCUGUCCUUUCUAUGGAAUAGACAUUCACUUCCGUCGGCGGUGAUGGAGAGAUUUGGAGUGGAGUGAGAGUGGAGGGAGGGAGGAUAUACUUUCAGGCCGAUGGAAAACAACAUUUCAAUCUGAAGUUCUUUAUCGACAUACACAGAGCCCGUAAGUGGUUAUUAUCGUUCAGGCGAAACACUUCAAGACUUUUUUUUAAGUGGAUGACUGCUCACUGCCAGUUGAUGCACUUUUUUACCUUAUUAAAAAUGUAUUAUUUUACUAAUUAAUUCAACAGCUAUGGAUCUAUGUUUGAGGGUCAGUCUAGACAAUGGCGAGUUAGCUGCUGUUUUGGAAUGUAAGGUUUUACGGUUAAUCAGUAAUCGUGAUCAUUCAGGUCAGAAUAUAAUGUUAAGAGCUGAAGAAAUAAGCUAAGUGGUCACAUUUUUAUAUAGCGCUAUGUCAGCUUCAAGGCAUUCAAAGCGCUUCACAUCAAGGAACCACUCACAUUCACACACACAUUCAUACACUGGUGUACGCAGACUCUGGGGCGAGGUGGGUUAAGUAUCUUGCCAAAGGACACCAUGAGAGCGGGAUUGGAACCACCAACCAUUGGAUCAGUCUCCUCACUCUACCAACUGAGCUACUGUUGUCCCCCGUUAUAAUCGAAAGUUCAUUUCAAUUCAGUCUAUACACCAGAAAACUAAGGCAGUUUAUGUCACUUUAACUUUAUCAUUCAGAGAGUUUGAUUUCUUAAAGCUUGUCACAUAAUGAAGGAGUAGUGAGCUAUUAUACACUGAAUGAAUGCAGAUUAAGACUGACUGUUGUUUGGUCAUGGUGCCAAUAAUCGUGAAGAAUUGUUAAAUUGUGAUGUUUCUUCUAAUUACAACACUUAAAUGACAUCUCUACUGCUGAUAUUUUAAAACACGCUGACAACCAUUUCAUCAAGUUAAAACUUAUGGACAAUUUCAAGUCACCUGUUAUAGAUAUACACACAUAUAUAGAUACACUGUAUACAUACAUACACACACACACCAGGAGCAGUCCAUCCAAGAGACUGCUGUUACUCUUUGUUGGUGAAUCACAGCCUCUGUACUGAGUAGCAAAGGGCACUAACCUCUCUGCCCCCAUCCACCCACAUUUCUUAAUUUAGCAUAUUUUAUAAUUUUAAUGCAGUUUUUAUGGCGGCCUGAAUUUCAUCAUCGUCACGAAACAUUGCACAUUUGUUCUGUUACUUCGAGCCUUCAUGUAACCUUGAGACUUCCAGUUCUUUAAAAGCAAACUUUUCUAGGACCCGCAAACUCGAGUAAAUCUUUUAUUGAGUGGUGAGAACAAACACUGCUGCUCCAUGUGUG